AUGUCCGACAUUCUCAUGAAGGAGAUGGAGAGUCUGUCUAUCGUCCCGUUGAAGCCCGAGGAGAGGUUAGGCGGUGACGGGAGUUUCCUUUUGGUGGACGAACAAGAAAGCCUCCAGGUUCGAGAUGAGUCGGAGUUUCUUGACCGACUGGGCUGUGGAGAUGUGUCGGGAGUCAAAGUACUGUCUAUCUUUGGGAACACUGGAGAUGGCAAAUCCCACACGCUCAACCACAUCUUGUUUGGAGGCAGAAGUGUGUUCCUCACCUCCAAGUCCCCCAGCUCCUGCACUGUGGGUGUGUGGGCCGCCUUUGACCCUGCACUUAGUCUAGUGGCUCUGGACACAGAGGGGCUGCUUGGAGCUGCUGCAAACCAGAACCAACGCAUGAGGCUUCUCCUGAAGGUGCUCGCAGUAUCAGAUAUUGUGGUUUACCGAACUCGGGCCGAGCGUCUUCACAACGACAUGUUCCAGUUCCUGAGCAGCGCAUCUGGGGCUUACCUGAAACACUUCACCCCAGAACUGAGAGCUUUGUCCAGCCGCUGUGGCCUCGAUGUGCCCCUGUCCUGCCUGGGACCAGCCGCCAUAGUGUUUCAGGAGACCACACAUACACAGCUGCUCGGACAUGACUCCAAAGUGCCUGGCCACGCAGACACAAUGCUCCAGAAGCGUUUCCAUGACUUGGGUUUGGGCACCGAGGCCUUCAGCUCCGUGCAGUAUGUGGGCAGUCAGACCAUAGCGCCGCCUACAGACUACAGCAGGUUAUUGGAGGCAGUGACUCAACAAGUGAGAAACACGCACACUCGCUCCCCUCGACAGCCCGCCAUAGUUUUUCGGGCUUUGCAAGCCUUGAGCGAGCGGUUUUGUGGAGAGCUCUCCGAUGAAAAAAUGACCUUGUAUUCGUUCUUUCCUGACGAGUACUUCACCUGUUCUGCUGUCUGCCUCAGCUGCAAUAUUCGGUGUAAAAACGGGAUGAAUCAUUUGAGAGACCGGGUUCCUCACGUGGCAGAUGGAUUGUGUCAGUACGCCCAUCAGUUUAACAACAAGGUCCUGAUCUGUAAGCGAUGUUAUGAAGCGGGUAGAGAGGUAAUAGUUGUGCCAAAAACCUCUGCUUCUGGUGAUAAUCCGUGGUUUGGACUGGCCAAGUACGCCUGGGCAGGUUAUGUGCUGGAGUGUGCGAGCUGUGGCGUGAUCUACCGGAGCAGACAGUACUGGAUGGGAAACCAAGACCCAGAGAGUGGCGUGGUCCGGUCGGAAGUCAAGCAUGUGUGGGAAGGGACUGACUCAUUUCUGACGAACCAUCAGAAUGCUGCUCAGAGAGUGUUGGACGGGAUGAACUUUGUGAUCCAGUCUGUAUCUGAGUACAGCACUGGUCCCACUAAAGCUGUCACCGCAUGGCUCACAGACCAAGUGGCGCCGCCCUACUGGAGACCCAACAAUGACAUCACUAGUUGUCGCGGCUGUCAGAAAGUGUUCGAGGAGCUGGAGAGGAAGCACCACUGCCGCUCGUGUGGGGAAGGCUUCUGUCACCCGUGCUCCAGCCACCGCAUGCCUGUCCCAGAGCGAGGCUGGGGCAGCGGGCCUGUGCGCGUCUGUCAGUCCUGCUACAGACAGGGAGGACCAGCCGACACCAGCAGCCAGGUGUGCAAAGUGGAACCUCGAGGCCUGAUCGCUCGCAGAGUCACAGAAGUGGCUCAGUCCACACUUGACAUGGUUUCUACAGCUGUGGACUAUCCCCUUUGUUUUGUGAAGGAGGUAGCGCGUCCAGACUACUGGGUCCCGGACGCGGACAUCACGCAGUGCCACCAGUGCUCCAAGGCCUUCACCGCGAUCAUGUCCAAGCACCACUGCAGGGCGUGUGGGCAGGGCGUGUGCGGACCCUGCUCCACCCACUUCAAACCCGUGCCGUCUCGAGGCUGGGAUCACCCCGUCAGAGUGUGCGACAGCUGCCACGCCCGACCUGAGGCACUCUGA